AUGGAUAGUCUUAUAAUGAUUCUAGUAAUUACAUUGCAGUUUGUAUUUCUCAAUAGCCAACAUCACCCUUUGGAUCCCCUGAAUCCUAAUGAAAUAUCCAAGAUUCAACAUAUUGUUACAACUUCUCACCUUGGCUCUCUUCCAAAUCUCAACUUUCAUUUUGUUGAUCUUGAUGAACCUGAAAAAAGAGACGUUCUCCAAUGGUUAUUGUCCCACAAACAAAACCAAUCUUUUCCAUAUCGUCGAGCAAAGGUAGUGAUUCGUGGUGGCGGUCAAACCCAUGAAAUCAUUGUAGAGUUGACCAAUAGUUCCAUUAUAUCAGAUCAUGUUUAUAAAGGUGAUGGUUACCCUCCAUAUACAUUCAACGAGCUACUUCAAGCAGCAAGAUUGCCUUUUAACAAUUCUCAAUUCAAAGACUUGGUUUCACAAAGGGGCUUAAACGUGUCAGAGAUCACAUGUUUUCCAUUCACUAUAGGAUGGUUUGGAGAAGCCAUCACUAGAAGAGCUGUAAAAUUAUCGUGCUUCUAUCGUGAAGGUACAACUAAUGUAUUUUCAAGGCCUAUUGAAGGUUUAAUCAUUCUUGUAGACAUUGAUUCAAUGAAAAUUCGCAAAAUCGUAAAUAGGGGAAAAGCUCCUUUACCUGGAGCUGAGGGUACUGAUUUCAAACAUUCUGGUGAAAGGCCGAGUCCUAUCCCUUGUAACAAUUCAAAUAGAUCAUUUAUCAUAAACGGCCACAAUAUCAAGUGGAAGAACUGGAAAUUUCAUUUGGGAUUUAAUGCUCGGGCUGGAAUAAUCAUAUCAACAGCAUCAAUCUUCGAUGCUGAAAAAAGUGAAUGGCGCAGGGUGCUGUAUAGAGGGCAUGUAUCAGAAACAUUUGUUCCCUAUAUGGAUCCUAGUAGUGAAUGGUACUAUAGGACUUUCUUAGAUGUUGGUGAAUUUGGUUUUGGUAGAUCUGCUGUAACACUUGUGCCUUUGACCGAUUGUCCAAGUAAUGCAGCUUAUAUUGACGGAUAUAUGGCUGGGGAAGAUGGCCUACCUCAAGAGGUACCCAGGGCAAUCUGCAUUUUCGAGAGGUAUGCUGGGGAUAUUGCUUGGAGACAUACAGAAGUUGGUAUUCCAGGAAAAGUGAUAACAAGUGGCGAGCCAGAAGUUAAUCUGGUAGUCAGAAUGGUAGCAACAGUAGGAAACUAUGAUUACAUUCUUGACUGGGAACUCAAACAAAGUGGAUCUAUAAAAGUUGGGGUGGGACUUAGCGGUGUUCUAGAAAUGAAGACUACGACAUACACAAAAACCGACCAGAUCAAAGAGGAAGUUUAUGGGCCUCUGGUGGCAAGCAACAGAAUAGGGAACAACCAUGAUCAUUUCAUAACAUACUACCUUGAUGUUGAUAUUGACGGCGAAAACAAUUCUUUUGUCAAAGCAAAACUAAAACUCAAAAAAGCAAAAGCUUCUCCAAGGAAAAGCUACUGGAGAGUCGUUAAAGAGACUGCAAAAACAGAAGAUGACGCACGACUGAAGCUUGGGUUGGAAGCGUCAGAGCUAUUACUCGUGAACCCAAAUAAGAAGACUAAGUUGGGAAAUGAUGUUGGUUAUCGGUUGAUGGCGGGACAACCAGCUGUUUCUCUACUAUUGGACGAUGAUUACCCGCAGAUGCGUGCUUCCUACACCAAGUAUCAAGUGUGGGUGACUGCUUAUAACAAGUCCGAGAGAUGGGCUGCAGGAUUUUAUGCUGACAUGAGUACAGGAAAAGAUGGCUUGGCCAUUUGGAGCAAUAGGAACAGAUCAAUUAUGAACAAAGAUAUAGUUUUGUGGUACACUGUGGGCUUUCAUCACAGCCCCUGCCAGGAAGAUUUUCCAGUGAUGGCAACACUCACCAGUGGAUUCGAGCUGCGGCCUAUUAACUUCUUUGAAAGAAACCCAUUGCUCAAGAAUUAAGCAGAAAAUACUAUCAUUAAAACUUUUAGAAAUUUAUACUUGACGCGGUAACCUCAUACCCAUGGAUUGGUAGGUAAUAGUUAUGAGUAACACUUGAAAAUUUUUCAUUUAUAUUUUUGUACAGUAAAGCAACAUAUCUGUUGAUAAUUGUCCUAAUGCGCUACAUAAUGUUCCAGAA